AUGGCCAUCACGCCGACGCAGUUCGCCAAGAAGACGGCGCAAUCGGCCAGCUGGGCAGAUGCGAAGCGUCGAGUGCUCUCGUCCUACAGAGAAUGGAUCCGUGCCCCUCUUCCACGGCCCUUCUCCAUGGACACGACACAUGCGUGGCGCCGGCAGUCGAAGCUAACGAGCAAGCAGGGCCCCGAGAUCCAGACCAUGUACAACAUGCCCAUGCCCGUCUCCGCCAUCCGUACACGGAUAAGGCAGGAAUUUGAGCGCAACCGCUUCGUCAAGACACUUCCAGUCGUCGAUGUCCUCCUUUUCAAAUCCCACGCCGAGUACCAGGAGACGAUGAAUUUCUGGAAGCAAACCACCCACGUCAUGUCCUACUUCAACGAGAACUUCAGAGGCGACAAGCGAUUGCCUUCCAGCUUCAUGCAGGGAUUUCUCGAGGGCCGGAAUUGA